GGUGCAUUUCACACAGAGGUUGAGCCCAAGAUUUUUUUUUUUAAUGGGGUGUCAAUUCCCGCCCCUACCCCAACUCAGGCUAGCGCACAGUUUUACGUUGGGAAGGUGUCUCGAAGGUGGGGCAGAGGGGGGCGAGUAUCCGCCCCAAAGCGAGCCCCACCCCACCCCCCAGACCCUCGCCCCUCCGGAGGGAGAGAGGGAGGGGGUCAGCGCUCACAUCCCGCAAGCUUCCAACUCCCGGCGCAGCCGCUCCCUUCCUUUGCAGGGGGAGCCCGCGCGCGCCUCCCGGCCAACGUUCCAAACAAACCCCGCCCGCCCGAGCAGGCAGGCAGGCAGAGCUGUACCCAGCGAGGCACGGGCCCCUUCACCCCCGCACGGCGGCGAGUCUCGGGAGCGCGCGCGUGCGCCUCUUGGAACGUCUGGCUGGCGGCGGAGCCGAGCCCGAGCCAGUGCUAGAGCAGGAGCCGAAGGGGCAGGAGCUGGGUUGGGGAGCGGCUGCGUGAAUAGGGGGGCGGGUUUCCAGCGCAGUGCCAGGAGAGUCCCCGGGGUUACAAAAGCCGCAGAUCGCUUUAGACUGCGAACCGGGGCCGUUCUACCUUCAAACAAACGGCACCCGAAAAGCCCUUUGGAAUUAGUAUUCUUAUUUUUAUUUUUUUAAAAAGCAUUAUUAUUUUUGAAUGGAGUUGAUCCCGAGUCUGGGGGUGACUGUGCAACAAGAUGGGCUUUGCUGUUACCCUUGUGGGGAAGAAUAGUCGCUUGAUUUUCCAUCUCUGGUCCUUCUCGAGGUUAGGAGCUUUUAGACGGUGCAUGUAGGGAAUAAGCAUUAGCAAAGAACUGGAUUUUCAUUUAAAAAAAUUAAAAAAAAAUUAUUAGAUCUCUGAUUGUUACCGUCUUUUCCUUCUCUUGUGGAAGAUUCUUUUAAGUCACCCGGUGGUUUCUUCCCUCGCUUUUUUAAAAAAAAUUUUUUUUUUUUGGAAAUCACUUCAAAAGGGGUGAAAGAGCACCCCAGCCCCAACCCUACGGGGCUGAGCUGAGUAGUAACCGGAGGCGGCGUGGAAUUGAAGCGCUCUCGCUGCCGGUCUGUCCGCCCGAGCUGGGAAAAUGGAGGCUGUGAUUGAGAAGGAAUGCAGUGCUCUGGGAGGGCUCUUCCAGACCAUUAUCAGCGACAUGAAGGGGAGCUAUCCAGUUUGGGAAGAUUUCAUAAACAAAGCAGGAAAGCUACAGUCCCAGCUUCGAACUACAGUAGUAGCAGCAGCUGCCUUCUUGGAUGCCUUUCAGAAAGUGGCUGCUGACAUGGCUACCUACACACGUGGUGGUACCAGAGAAAUUGGAUCGGCCCUGACCAGGAUGUGUAUGAGACACCGAAGCAUAGAGACCAAACUGAGACAGUUCUCUAGUGCUUUAAUUGAUUGCCUGAUAAACCCACUUCAAGAACAAAUGGAAGAAUGGAAGAAAGUAGCCAACCAGCUGGAUAAAGACCAUGCAAAAGAGUACAAGAAAGCUCGCCAAGAGAUAAAAAAGAAGUCCUCAGAUACAUUGAAACUUCAGAAGAAAGCCAAAAAAGGAAGAGGAGAUAUCCAGCCCCAGUUGGACAGCGCAUUGCAAGAUGUCAAUGAUAAAUACCUUCUCCUCGAAGAAACUGAAAAACAGGCAGUCAGAAAGGCCCUGAUUGAGGAGCGUGGCCGAUUCUGUGCCUUCAUCUCUAUGCUACGGCCAGUGAUUGAAGAAGAAAUCUCCAUGUUAGGGGAAAUAACUCAUCUACAGACCAUAUCUGAAGAUCUAAAGAGCCUCACUAUGGAUCCCCACAAAUUGCCAUCAUCAAGUGAACAGGUAAUCCUGGAUUUGAAAGGUUCUGAUUAUAGUUGGUCGUAUCAGACUCCUCCAUCGUCUCCCAGUACAACCAUGUCCAGAAAAUCAAGUGUUUGCAGCAGCCUGAACAGCGUCAACAGCAGCGACUCCCGCUCCAGUGGGUCACACUCUCAUUCCCCCAGUUCACAUUAUCGCUACCGAAGCUCCAAUCUGCCCCAGCAGGCUCCCAUGAGGCUGUCGAGCGUGUCCUCCCAUGACUCGGGAUUCAUAUCCCAGGAUGCCUUCCAGUCCAAGUCACCGUCCCCAAUGCCACCGGAAACUCCCAACCAGAACUCGUCCAGCUCGGCCUCUUCAGAAGCCUCAGAAACGUGCCAGUCAGUGAGCGAGUGCAGUUCCCCCACCUCAGUCAGCUCAGGCUCCACCAUGGGGGCGUGGGCUUCCACAGAGAAGGACUGGGCUAAGCCAGGCCCAUACGACCAGCCUGUGGCAAACACCUUACAACGCCGCAAGGAGAAGCGUGAGCCGGACACCAACGGAGGCCCCCCCGGCGUUCCACCCGCAUCCGCAGAGGAGGCUCAGCGGCCUCGGAGUAUGACCGUUUCGGCUGCCACCAGGCCCGGAGAGGAGAUGGAGGCCUGUGAGGAGCUCGCGCUGGCCCUCACCCGGGGCCUGCAGCUCGACCCCCAGAGGAGCAGCCGGGACUCCCUGCAGUGCUCCAGCGGCUACAGCACCCAGACAACCACCCCGUGCUGUUCAGAGGACACGAUCCCUUCACAAGUUUCAGAUUAUGAUUAUUUCUCUGUAAGUGGUGACCAGGAGACAGAACAGCAGGAGUUUGACAAAUCCUCUACCAUUCCGAGGAACAGUGACAUUAGCCAGUCCUAUCGCAGGAUGUUUCAGGCCAAACGCCCAGCUUCAACUGCUGGUCUCCCCACUACCUUAGGACCUGUGAUAGUCACACCUGGUGUAGCAACCAUCAGACGGACCCCUUCUACUAAACCCUCUGUACGAAGGGGAACCAUCGGGGCCGGACCCAUUCCCAUCAAGACUCCUGUGAUCCCCGUCAAAACCCCGACAGUCCCUGACCUGCCGGGGGUGCUGCCGAGUCCUCAGGGAGGGACGGAGGGGCACGGAGAGCACAGCCCAGAGUCGCCUUCUGUGGCUGAGAGCACCCAGGGGGCUACGCACAUGCCCUCCUCCCUGUGGAGCGGCCAGGCCUCUGUCAACCCGCCCCUGCCAGGCCCGAAGCCAAGUGUCCCGGAGGAGCAGAGACCGAGUGCCCCGGAGAUGGAAGAUGAAGAAACCGAAGGGGAUCAUUCAAGUGCCACCAGCUCCCCUGGUCAGACCCCAGAGUGCAGCCACGCAGGAGAUUUGAGCCCUGGGGACACCCUGCAGGGUGAAGAUAUGCUGAAUGCCAUUCGCCGUGGUGUAAAACUGAAGAAGACGCUGACCAAUGACCGAUCUGCCCCUCGCUUGUCUUAAGGUUUCUAAGAGUCCUGCCAGGGUUAUGAUGAAUGGAAAAUGAACUGUUUAAUAAAACCUAAAUUUGUUUUGAUUCAUUCCAAUCUAUAAUCAAACAAAAGAUUUUGUAGGAAACUCAGAAGUAGAACAUUGUUUUGAAAAGUACUAUAUAUCCUAAGACACAGAGAAUUAAACACACAUGCAUAAGUAACCAUCAUAAUCUUUAUUGGUGUUUUAAUUUGUAAAUAUUGACAACUUUCUGCAUAUUUUGUUCUUAAGUUUCCCUUUUAAUUUUUCUGAAGGUGCCAAAUCCCAUAACUUUUUUAUAAGCCUUUGUAAAAUUUUAAAUGCAUAACAGGGAGGGGGGAGGGGAGUUGGGGAAGAAUCAUAAAGUAGCAACCUUAAGCAAAGGGAUUAAUAAUUGGCUUUUUUGCAAGCUUUUGUAGAUGCAUUGUGAUAGUGUGGUUUCAAUAAAUUGGACUUAUUUUAAUGUACAAAUAAAAUGGGUAACAAACAUGUCCUCAUUUAAAUAUGUUUUGUGUGGAAAAGCAGGAGUAACUGGAUGAAAAGCAAUAUAACGGAUGAAAUAAGCUGGAAAGGCUUGGGUUGAGGAAGGAAGUCAGGGUGGGAAACACCAGUACCAGAGCAGAUGCUAUUCCCUGAGUAAGCGAUCAGUUGAAUCGCCGUUAGCCUCAUGGCCAACGCAUCUGACGCCAUGCUGGAUUGCAGGGUUUAGGUAGCGUGUGUUUAGGGACUUCACUGUUUUUUUCUCGUGUUUCCUCUUGAUCUCAUGCAGCAACCACUCCUAGUCAUGUGCAUGCUGCUUCAACAGUGUACUUAGAUUGAUUUUCUCAGUUUUCUCUUCCGUAGUGCUCAUGCUUUCAUUGAGUCCAAAUACAUCCAAAAGGGUAAGGCAGUUUUGAACAUGUGAAGGAAAGCAUUUACAAAUGGUAGCAGGGAGUUUAGGUAGUAUAGAAUGCCUUUUAUGUACGUGUGCCCAGCAGGCUGGGUACAUGGAGAAGCCCAAAUAUUUUGAGAAUACUUGAGUGGAUUUAGCAAGGGUGACCAGCCUGGAGUCUAGCAACUUGCAAAAGGGUGUGUUCCAUGUCAGGGGGCUUGUUUUUCUUAGACGGUGCACUGGCUUCAUACUAAAUACGAAAAGGAAAGAAGAUGCAUUUAUUGUCACUGGGAGUCUGACCACUACACUGUCUUUUUUGUAUUCUGGGUGAUGUAUUUUUUGGAAUGUUCUUUCUUAAUUAAAAAACUUUUUUUGAGUUUUGUUUUGUUUUACAAGUGAAACCAAUUUGCUGUAAUAACCAUCUUUUAAAGCCAGCGAGGUAGGCAGAAGAGGUGGGGUUUAGACUAGGUUGGAGGAAGUAGAGGCUUGUCAGUUAUCCAAGUGGUACACUUGAGACUGUUGGCAGUCACCAGAUGAAGUUCUCAAAGGGGGCUGCUGGUUUCCACCCAAACACUGUAGCUUUUGUUGGCUCCAAAAUCUGACUACAUGAUCAUAUGCUUUAAUACAUUACUGCACUGGAUGUGAGACUUAAUGUAUUUGUACAGUCACUGUUCUAUAAUAACACUUACACUGCUGUGAUUGCUUCUGACACUUUUAUGUUAUGGCUUUAAGCAAAGGCAUGGUUAUUAGAAACUAUUUAAACUUUCCUUUCUUUGAAAAACAAGCUCCUUAUUACCGAAUAUAAUCAACAGUAGUGCCUGUGGUUCUAGCCCACCAAUCUUGAUUGAUUAAAAGUAGCUGAUGCAUUGUGCAUAUGAUGCUUAAAAAGGUUUUGCUGAAGCAAAAACCAUUGCAAGAGAAUGAACAUAGUAAAGUGGUAUUUUAAACCUUGGAAAUGAAUGGAUGUAACUGUACCGGAGUACAGCUUUUCACUUGUUUAGUUCUUAAACAUUAGUAUAAUCUGAAUAAAAUUUAAUAUAAAUUGUUGCCAAAUUCAACGUAGAAAGAAUGUGACAAAACACUUUGGAUAGUUCUACCGUUUUGUGUUUUUGCAUAUUGUAAAAGCAGUGUCACAGCUGAAGAUAAAAAAAAGUUUCUAAUGGUAUAAAUUAUUGUUGUUUAGUUGCUAGUUUGUACUGAGAGUUGAUCUCUCUCCCUGUGCAGUUUUUUGUUCUCAACUGAUAUAAAUGAACAGUUGCUGUAUCGUGUCACUCUUUUCCAUUGUAACAAAUGCUUCAGAAUACAUUAUAAAUAAAGAAUGGCUAGAAAAA